AUGCUCUUAGAAUUUAACAUCGAAACUUAUAUAUCUGAACUUUAAAAAAAGGGAGAUAAUGAUAGUUUGUCGCUAUUCAAAAUUCUGAAGGAUGUCUAUUUAGGGUAUGAAAAAAUCUAAAUAAAAGAAAAGAGAAAUUCUAUUCUUUUAUUUGGAAACUCUGGCUCAGGAAAAACAUCUAUUUCAGCUUUUUUAUCAGGUCUUGAUUUAAGGGUUGUUAAAGAUUAGUCUGGAUUUUGUACUCUUGAUUAUGCUUAUGUAGAGAAUUAGAAUUAUGGCAAAAUAGGAAAAAACCAUAUUGAAUCUGAGACUUUUAUACCAAACCUAUUUUAAAAUUAAUAAUAUGGGAUAGAUAUUUGGGAUCUUCCUGGAAUUAAUGAUACAAGAGGAGAAGAGAUAGAUAUAGUUAACUCUUAUUUUAUACACAAAGUCAUCAAUAGCGUAGCUGGAAUUAAAUUUGUUUUUGUUAUUGAUGGACAUAGCUUAAAUUCAGGUCUAGGUCCAGAAAAAGGAAAGGCUCUUAAGCAGAUUUUUGAGAUGCUUUACAUGUUUACCUUAAACAGCUAAUUUGAUUUUGCCAAGAAUUUAAUUUUCAUCAUCAAUAAAGCAUCUAAGAGCUUUGAAUUUUACAAAGAAAAGAUAACAAAAAAAUUCAUAAGCGAAGUUGUUAACUCAUAAGAUUACUAAACCUAACUGAAAUAAAACCUUUAAAUGGUUAAUAUUUAAGAAUUUUUUUCUAGAGUAGCAUAAGCAAAGAUAUUACUUAUUCCUGUAGCAAAUGAAUCAUAGGUUGGUAAUCUUUUUGAAAGCAGAAUUUUAAGAGACUAAUUGCUUUUGGAAAUUCUGCAAUCUGAAUUCUAUUGCUUAAAAGACUUAAGAAUUCCAUUUACAGAUAAAUCUUUAGAUAAGAUAAAAUUGAUGUGGAGCUACUCUUAGGACUUAGUCAGGGUAACAUUUGAAUCUAUUUGCUAAACCUUAGCUUCUCAAGCUGAAUAAUUAAAUCGCGAAUAAAUAGAAUAUUUAGAAUCAGUAACCCUUAACCUAGAGCAACAAUAUUAAAUAUAAGAAAGCAAUUUAAAAAAAUUUUUAACUAUAUAUAAUACCCUUCUCUUACCAUUUUCAGAUUCAAUUUACAUCACGGAUAAGAAUGAUCUAUAACAUAAUGUAUAGCUUUUACAUUUUUUAAUAUCUGAAAUUUAUGAUGAAGUACUAAUUAAUAUUGAAUUGCUAGGAAAAGAUAAAUAGCUUUUGUGCAGAUUCGGAUCUUAAGAAACAAGAAAAGGCUUGGAAAUAAUUAGAAUGAGUCUCGAAUACUCUAAGAAAAUACUGGAAAAAAAGGAAGCCAUUAGUUAUUUAGAAAUAAAAGUUAAAUAAUCGGAUGAAAUAAAAAAAUAAAUGCAACAACAAUAAAAAAAUAAUCAAUUCAAAUUGGAUGAACUAUAAGUGCAAGAAUAGCACAAAACAAAUGAUCUACAGCUAUUCAAAUCUAAAAUUAGAGAUAUUGACUAAAAGAAAAACGAAUUAGACAAUAAUUUAAUAGAAUAGAGAAGAAAUAUAGAAGACUUUGAAAAGCAAAAAAAAGUUAUAGAUUAGUAGAUUGUAGAUGCUAAAAAACAAGUAAACAGUGUUGAAGAUUCAUUGUGCAGAUUAAAAUAAAAAAAUUCUGAAUUAUUAGAUUAAACAGAAAAAUUAAUACAACAAAAUAAAAAAUAUGAAGAAGAGAUAAUUUAAUUAGCUAUCAGUCAAAAGAGAGCCAAAAAAAAGAGAGGUUUUUUAAAAAUUCUUUCAUAUGCUGUUGAAUUUAUUCCUUAUGUUGGUCGUUUUUUUUGGUGA